AUGCUAUUCGAAGAUCAGUUGUUUUUGGACUGUAGGUGGGGUGAAUCAACCUUGCAAUGCUCUGCUGAUCAGCUGAACCAAUCAUUAAGAGACGAUGAUCGACGAUGUACCGGAAAUAAAAUUGACGCAAUUAUAUCAAUGGUGGAUUUUGAUUUGGAGGUGUCAACUUUGGAAGUUUCAGGAUCUCCAUCAUGUCCUGACCAUACCCACUAUAUUGGGGAUAGAAAUAAAACCGCCAAGAUGCUAAAGAUCAUCCUGAACUUUAUUAAAGUCAACUAUCCAGGCGAUUUCGGAGAGUUUAGAAGAAUAAAAGUAUACGACGUUCAAAUAUAUGAUCAUGACUUUUAUAUUUACAGCAUGUGUAUGCCCUUUGCUGGUGUAUAUUAUUUUAAACUCGAAAAAAAGUUCUCUUAUUCAACAAUACCAGCUUUGCUCUUCAAAGAGUUACCAAAGUUCGCCUCAAACUUGUGGACGAUGCGAGAUAUGAUUAUUUCGAGUACUAAGAGUAUAAUGUCUUAUAUUACAAAUCCUAUUUCCGAAUCAAGUGAUGAUGAUUCUAAGAUCGAUAAAGUGAAAACUUCUCCUAGAAAAAAGAAGAAUAAUUAG